AUGGGCUGUAAUUCGAGCUUUAUUGAUGCGGUCCGAAUCGUCUUCUUCCCGCAAGUGCCCACUUCUCUGUCUCUCACGCCCGUCGGUUUUCUUCUCACGCCCGUCGACUCUCCUCGCCUCAGUCCUCACUCCCGUCGCCUCUCCUCAAUCCUCACGUCUGUCGCACUCCGGCGUCUCGAUACCCUGUCCUCACCUCCGAAGUCCGACACAAAAACUCCGGCUGCUCCGCGCCUCCGCCUCGACGCAUUGCCUCCGACUCGACUCUACUUUCAGAUUCUAAUGUAUGGACCGCGCACAUCUACAACUCUUCCACUUCCUAAUGAUGUAUCUUUGAAAAAAAAAACUGUAGAAAAUGGGUGCAAAGGCAAAGAAGAAAGCAAUCGUGAGGCUUUGAAGCAGACCUCUACGAAGUUUUCCGGUUCCGAAGAUGCAGCUGCCGAUUUCUUGCCUCUGGAGGGUGGCCCAGCAAGGAUCCUUCCAAAGACUGAAGAUAGAGAGAGUAAAGCAAAAAUUUUGUAUAUUGGGAGAAUCCCACAUGGUUUCUAUGAGGAUGAAAUGGAAGCUUUUUUCAAGCAGUUUGGUACAAUUAGGAGACUCAGAAUUGCGAGGAAUAAGAAGACUGGGAAAUCGAAGCAUUUUGGAUUCAUUGAAUUUGAAUCUCCUGAGGUAGCCAAAGUUGUUGAAGAAUGCAUGCAUAAUUAUCUAAUGUAUGAGCAUCUGCUACAAGUUCAACUUGUUCCUCCUGAACGAGUUCAUCCAAAAUUAUGGAAAGGUGUCACACGAAGAUACAAACCCUUGGACUCGGUCCAAAUUGAACGCAAGCGGCACAACAAGGAACGGACUCUGGAAGAGCAGCAGAAAUUAAUAGCAGGAAUAAUGCAAAGAGACAAAAAGCGCCGAAAGCAGAUUGAGGCUGCUGGUAUUGAUUAUGAGUGCCCAGAAAUUGUUGGGUGCGUCCAAGCUGCCCCAAAGAAGAUUAGGUUUGAUACAGAAUAGAGACCCUUUUGAAGAUUCCAUAUUUAGCCCAACAAAAAUCUUGUUGAUGUGUUGCUCUUUGGUCGCAUGGUGAAAUCGUUUCUUGUAGUUUACUAUAUAUUAUUUUAGUGUGAGAGAUCAACUUAACUUAGCUUCUUUGGAGAUUUGAGUUGCGUCAAAGUUGGUGAAAUCGAAUAGUGGAUAUGGCAUGUAAUGCUAUUGGUUUUACUAAUAUGAUUUGGCAUUUUUUUUUUUGUUUUUUCAUAGUUGAAAAGUGACAGAAUUAGCAUGUUGUUGACAAAAUUUUUUGCUCGUCUUACCAAAACUAUAAGCAAUUUUGUUAUGGAUGUGGCCGAGUGCUCCUACAAAAAAUCUAGGCAACUAUUAUGUCAUUUUUUCUCAAAUUUUCUUUUUUCUCUUGACAUCGAUUAG